UUUCUUCUUGUUCCUCUUUUCGCCCUCAGUUAGAGGUGUCAGCUGUUUUCCUGGGUUGUAUAAAAGUCGACUGUGUUUGCGAUGUGCAUUCAGUUGCCAUAUGAGCGGUAGAAAGUGACGACAAUGAAUACUCUGUCUGUUAUUUUCACGUGUUGGUGUUUUUUUAUUUUUUCUGAGUGUACCGGAGGUGUCUAUGGUUACGUAACAUCAAGUGUGGAAUCUGCAGCAAACAAGUCGGGAGCGAAAUAUCUUACUUCACACCCAGGUAAAUCUAAAGCAACAAAAUUAAGAAGUGAUUCCCACUACGAGUUAUUACAAAAUGAAAUUCAGUAUCACUGUGAAGACGUGCACACGUGUGUUCAGUCAAUGUUGGCGAAUGUGAAUGAUAUUUCGCGGACAAAUGUGUACAGUCUGGCUCAAAAUAUUGUGCUGGAAAGAGUGGCUGGUGGUGACAAAGAGAAUGUUAUGUCGAGGGCGGAAUUAGAGAAAUUAAAAGACGGUGCAAAUGGGAGCUUCGGAUAUGUCACUGCGCUCCUUGUGCAGAGAACACUUGACAUAUUUAAGACUCACUCUUUAAAAUGGAAACUACUGCCUGGAAUGGACAUCAGGGUAUUUCGAAAUCUGAAUUACGGAGGAAGGAUGGACAUCGCCUUAGAGGUACAAGACAGAGAACCUCGCACUUUCGGCGGACCGCGCAAGCGCCUCAUGCUGUUACUGCCCAUCAUGUACAAGAUGGGUGUCAUGACGACCAUGAUCGGCGGGUUGUUGGUGCUGACGCUCAAGGGGCUCACCAUCGGUGUCAUCUUACUCAUACUAGCUGUGAGCAAUCUCUUCAGCAAGCACAAACAUUACGGACAUCCACACCAAGGACCAACGGAUAUACACGUCCACAUUCACAAUGAUCCACACGGACAGGCAUACUCGGGUUGGCACCAGGAACACGUGGAUCAACCACCGUAUCACGUAGAGCACUCCGGCCAUUACCAUAGGAGGUGGUCCCCACCGUCACAGCAGCCUGUCCCCCUGCCGUACUCGGACUUGCUCUGAUUCCUGACGGCCACUGACGGCCACACCUACACACAUCCGUCCCACGUCGUAGGGAAGAGGACAGAUCUCGAGUGCCAACCGGUUAUUAUUUCAUGUACAUCGUACAUAGUCUUAUUUGCAGUAUUAUUUCUUCCUUAUAACAAACCAACUUCAUUAUGGCCAGUUUCUACAAAAUAUAGGAUCAAUAUUUCAUGCUUAUUGUAAAGGUGUUUGAUGUUAAACUUAUAAGCUACUGUUUACAGUCAUGUAUGUUCAUCUAGGAUAAGGGGGCCCAUACAAGUACGAGUCUGGCUCAAGAGUCCGACUCGGCUCGGGCUGCAAUGAGCCGAACUCGUCCGUGUGUUGGUCCCCACGCUCAUACAUGUGAGGUGAAAUUAAUCCGAGCCCGUCUCCUAGCUGAGCCGGACUCGCGAGUCAGACCCGUACGUGUAUGGGCCGACUAAAAACAAAUGGAAGUGGAGAAAUCCACUAUACGUGCAGGUUCGAGGAUGAAUACGUAUGAAGUAACUCAGACGAGAAGAAUAUUUUGAAUUAUCCUUCUCGAAACCAGGGAACUAUAUGAAAAUACUGACAUCAGUAAAAUCACGCCAACACGUUCCCUAAAUCGCGAAUUUCAAAAUAUGACAGAAAAUUGCUAGCCACGAGAGCAGUUACUGUUUCUAUGUUAUGAAAAUCUGCAAGUGCUAAGAGAACUUAUGCUUAUGCUAAACCAGGGUAUGUCUCUUCUCUGACUCACAUGUCUGACACGAUUAUGUUGAACCGUAGCUGUAGACCCAAGUAGUGGAAUAUCCUUGUCCACGAGGUUGCAGCAAAGUAAGCUUGGGAAGUCUUGAAACUUAUUAUGGGCUCAGUCCAUAAUAUGACUGUCUGUGGGCCGGGAAGCCGACUACAUUUCUCUUCAUAGCAACAUCCAAACCGUCUGUGGGGCCCACGUAGACCCAGACCCAAUGAGCAUUAUGGCUCUACCUCAGGAAAUAAAGCAGCCGUAGCUUGAAACUGACCACUCACUUAAAUAGAGUUUCGAGGCAUUUAACGCCUGAAGUUUUUUCUUCCAAACCACCAUGCGUCCUCAGGGUAUAUAUGGUAAUUCAGCAUGACAAAUUUACCUUUCAACUUUACCGAAUUUUCCGGUAUUUCCUGUACUUAUUUUCUUCCUUCUAAUUUUCUUUGCAUUUAUUCUAGAAGCAGGCUUUAUCAGCAGCAUCUGCUGCAUUUCCUGACUCUUCCGUAGCCCUGACUAUUUUGCCUGGCAGGCUCUUCCACUCCUCCUUACAUAAUCUUGCUUUUAGUAAAGCCCAUACAACAAAUACGAGUAGUAAAUAAAUUAACAAAAUACGAUUUAUGUUCAUGCCAAACAAUUAAGUUUUCCUCUUUUAUAUUAAUUUCGUUAUAUAAAUCAUGAAGCCGAUCACAGUAGCCGCGUGGUCUAAAGCAUGACUUCCUGGGUUCGAAUCCCUAUAUAAGUGGAGGCCUUGCGAGGGCUGAUUCCCGUCGAAGAGGUCCUACUGACCGUCCUAGGAUUAAGAAACUGAAGUGAAACAAAGCGUUUCACGGAUAUCCUAUGCUCCAAAGUUGUAAAGUUGUAGCAAC